AUGGACAAUGCCUCUUUCAUAGCGUCUCUGCUGGCUGGGGCAGCCGCUGGUACCUCUACCGAUCUGGUUUUUUUUCCAAUUGACACGUUAAAAACUCGACUUCAAGCAGUUGGAGGGUUUUUCGCUAAUGGAGGAUAUUUCGGUGUGUACAGAGGCCUAGGAAGUGCAGUGGUCGCAAGCGCGCCCAGCGCUUCUUUGUUCUUCGUUACCUACGAUGGGAUGAAGUCUUUCUCACGUCCCACUUUCGACAGGCUCAUCCCCUCCAAUGACCAAAUGGCGGAAACAGCCACACACAUGUUUUCAUCCUCUGCUGGUGAAGUUGCAGCUUGUAUGGUGAGAGUCCCUGCAGAGGUGAUUAAGCAAAGGACUCAAACGCACCAAUCGGACUCUUCUUGGCAAACCUUAAAGAAAUUGUUGAAAAAUGAAAACGGGGAAGGCGUGAGGCGCAAUCUCUACCGCGGCUGGUCCACAACAAUCAUGAGGGAAAUCCCCUUCACCUGUAUUCAGUUCCCCCUUUACGAGUUUCUCAAGAAAAAAUGGGCGCUGGCGACUAACCGCGAUCAAGUUGCUCCAUGGCAAGGUGCGUUCUGUGGUUGCUUUGCAGGAGGUGUAGCCGCUGCGACCACCACACCAUUAGAUGUUCUCAAAACUAGAUUGAUGCUCAGCCAUAAAUCCGUCCCUGUCUUACGACUAGCCCGUCAGAUAUACACUCAGGAGUGCUGGAAAGUGUUUUUCAGUGGUGUAGGUCCCAGAACUUUAUGGAUAAGUGCCGGCGGUGCCAUUUUCUUGGGUGUGUACGAAAGUGUCCACUCCGUCCUUUCCCUGUGA